AGAGAAAUGAAAUGCAAACCUGAAUGCAACCUGAAAGGUCUAAAUAGAUGAGCUUGUGACAUCCUUUCCCAGAUCCCAGGAAAUUGAGAGCACAUGGAAAUAGUCUCCCUGCUCUCAGAGCCUCAGACCACAGCGGCCCCUGGCAGCCAGAAGGAGCAACUGCAGAGAAAGUCCUCCUCAUCCCCUAUGCCAUGGAAUCUUCAGAGAAUUUAGCUGCCAAACUCUAACAAAUCUCUAUUAAGAAUGUGUGAACUAUGAUUUUUUCAGAGGCUUAUAAUUUGGCCAAAAUCAGGUUGAUUUUCACAGGAGCAGCAAAAGGCAUAUUUCUGAUACAAAGACAACUCUCCUGCCAAAUUUCAAGUCCCUGGUCCAAAGCAUGGAGUUGCUAGAGCUUCUCAAUUAAAUAAUUGAUUCCACAUCCACCAGCUGUACCUCCUCGAUUCAGAACAAUAUUAUCUCCAAACUCAUAUUUCAAAGGAAUACUUUGACUGUUCCAGCUGUCACAGAAAGUAAUUGGGGCCAACUGGAUGUCAGAAUGAAAGUGGUUACUAUUAUAAUACUACUUUUCUUUUGUAAAGCAGCCUACUUUAGGAAGACAAGGAAUGGGAGUUUGAGAAACAAAGCAAAUAAUGGAAGGACAAACAGCUUAAGAAAAGCAUCUAGUACUGUUAAGCGUUAUGCCCCAGGCCUCCCCUGUGAUGUGUAUACUUAUCUUCAUGAGAAAUACUUAGAUUGCCAAGAAAGAAAACUGACUUUUGUGUCUCCUGAUUGGCCUGAGGAUUUAAGACACAUGCUGCUAGCAAGAAAUAGGAUUCGCAAACUGAAGAAUAAUAUGUUUUCCAAGUAUAAAACAUUAAAAAGUCUGGAUUUACAACAGAAUGAUAUAUCAAAAAUUGGAAGUGAGGCUUUUUUUGGUUUAAACAAACUUACCACACUCUUACUUCAGCAUAACCAGAUUAAGAUUUUAUCAGAGGAAGUUUUUAUUUAUAUGCCCCUUCUAAACUACCUGCGUCUUUAUGAUAAUCCUUGGCAUUGCACCUGUGAGAUGGAAACUCUUAUUACGAUGUUGCAGGUUCCAACAAACAGGAACUUGGGAAAUUAUGCCAAGUGUGUACACCCAAUAGAACUGAAAGAUCAAAAGCUAAAGCAGAUAAAAGCUGAACAUCUAUGUACUGAAGAGGAAAGACUGGACCCCAAAAAUAUAGCAGCAGCAAAGCCAAAAGUUGUCAAACCAGAAUUUGAUUCCUCUCUUUGUCAUAUUUAUGUAUUUCCCAUGCAAACAUUGGAUUGCAAAAGAAAAGAGUUAAAGCAAGUUCCAGGUAACAUACCUCCAGAUAUUGUUAAACUCGAUUUAUCUAACAACAAAAUCAAACAACUACGAGCCAAGGAGUUUGAAGAUGUUAAUGAACUGAAGAUAUUAAACCUUAGCAGUAAUGGAAUAGUUUACAUAGAUCCUGCUGCUUUUUCAGGACUCAUUAACUUAGAGGAGCUUGAUUUGUCAAACAACACACUGCAGAAUUUUGAAUAUGGAGUAUUAGAAGACCUCUACUUUUUGAAAAUAUUAUGGCUGAGAGAGAACCCUUGGAGAUGUGAUUACAACAUUCAUUACCUUUUCUACUGGUUAGAGCAUCACUACAGUGUUCACUACACUGGCCUAGAAUGCGAAACGCCUGAGGAAUACAAAGGGUGGUAUGUUGGAAAAUAUGUCCGAAGUUAUUAUGAGGAGUGCCCAAAAGACAAGCUGCCAGUUUAUCCAGAAACAUUUGAGCAGGACAAAGAAGAUGAGGAAUGGGAAAGACACAAAGAACAAUCAGUUCAAACAGUAAAGAAGCAUGGUGUAAUUGUCACUGUAAUAGAUUAAUUUGGGAAUUUUUUUAUUACUAGAUUCAAAUUUUUCAUAUUUUAUGUCAGAAAAAAUCCUGUUUACAUUUUUGUUACUAGUGUUGUUUGUCCAUAAGGAAAUAUCUGCCUACAUAAUUUUUUUAAUUGAAGUUACUAACGACAUGACGGUAUUAGUUAUACAUCAUCUUUAAAAAAUUUUUUACUGUUUCUGACCAUUUGUUUUCGGUCACCCUUGCUAUGUGUUUGGGUAACAAUUUGAACCUACAAAAUAUAAAUGGAUAGAUAUAGAUAUAGAUCUAUAGUGGAAACAUGUCAUCUUAUGUACAGCAAGGCAUGAUCCUGCAGUUUGCUCUGCAUGGGCAGAGCAUUUUCAUGGAACUCAAUGUGGGACUGGGCCCAAAGCUCCUCUGUGUUGAAUGUAUUGCAAUUUCUUUAUAUUUAUUGGCUCCUUGAAUUGUUCCCAGGAAAAGUUCUGUACAUUUUAUGUAGCAGUUCUCUUGUGUGUUAUAUUUAUACCAAAUAAUGAAAUUGCAAACUGAACUAGAACAGGGUACAAAAUCAAUGGGAAUUGCACAUGGAGUAGAGAGAAAGGACACGCCAGUGAUCAGGGUGCUAGCCUGGGCCUUAGGAGACCCAAGUCCAAUAUCCUGUUCUGACACAGACUUCUUCUGUGACAUUGGGCAAGCCAGUUAGUCUCCCUGUGCCUCAGUUCCCCAUCUGUAAUGGGAAUAAUAGCACUUCCCUAUCUUACAUGGAUGAUAUGAGGAUAAAUACAUUAAAGGAUAUGAGGUGUUCACAUAAUAUGGGAACAGCGGCCAUAUAUGAACAUCAGUUAGAUGGUCAGUACCCCUCAGGGCAAAGACCCUUACUGCCCAAUAUUCUCAAGAAAAGGAAUGAUCCAACACUCAUUUACAUAGCAAUACUUCCACUGACUGAUAACAUUUAGCAUCUAUACAGUAUUUUCUUUUUUAAAGUUUGCAUCAGUUAAUAUUAACCAGUCUGAACACUUCCUCUUUGAGGUAGGCAUUAGCAUCCCUUCUGGGGAAAUGAUGACAAAGAAGGGUUAAGUGAGUUGCCCAAGACCACACACCAGAUUGAUCUCAGAUCUGAGAUCAGACUUAGAGGUCCCAGCUCAAACUCCAGAUCACGCCUCCUCUCAUACAUCACUGACAGUUAUGCAGGAGUGUAGGAAGCAGAAUCAGACUCUACAUUUGAAAUGUCUGACAAUACAUGCAAGCGACUGUAUUGGGAGGAGAUCUGGAAGGCUGUAUGGAGGGAAAAAAUAUAGCUUUCAAACUCUGUACUGCAUUCUAGUGGCCAUGGAUCCCUCCCUCCCGCCUAAAAGCUCACAUAUGUUGUUUUGCAUUAAAAAUGUAAUCCAGAGCAUUUGUUAACAGUUUUUUCUAAUAUAAAACAUUAAACCAGAGAGAAAUUCAGGACAUGGUAAGAGUGUGAGGGACUGCCAAAGAAUCCUUUAGCAGAAAAUGUGCUGUGAUCUGAGGCAUUCUUUCACACCCCUUAUUCUUGUAAUAAGUAAAUCACUUACAGCUGCUACGUUGCCAAACUGAAGAACUUAGACAGCUUUGCAUACCCUCUGAAGAGUUGUGUAGCUAACCUACUGUUGCAUUACUCAUCACUGUACCCAGCCCCAGAAUUAUCUUAAACAUUAAAGGUUAGCUUGGGAGGUUGGAAGACCUUUCCACUUGGCCAACAAAAUUUAUUUUAUCAGGUGGUACCUCCUGGAACAUUUAAAAGCUCCAGGAAGAAAAAAUCUCUUGCAGACAGUAGCUAGCAUCAACUGAACUACCCCCUCUUCUCCAAAUCUUGGGGCUUUUACCAGCACAGAGAUCCUCAGGAUGGUAAGGAAGAGGACAACUAAGAACAGGAGAACUACUGAGAAGGGAUGAAAAGGACAGAUAAUGGACCCAUAAGAGAACAGCUGUUUUUGGCAGUAGAACUAGUGAAGAAAAGCUGAGGAGGAAAAAGUGAGUUUAUAAACCACCCUGUUUCAACUGUUAGGGACAAAAAGCCAGCACUGCACCUAGAGAGGCAGUGUUUUAAAAAGACCAGCCAGGGGAAAGCCAGGAUCAGGUCCAGAAGAGACAACUUACCAGCCAGGUGCAAAGCAUAGGUGGGAGGCUGUGUGGAAGGUCUGUAACCACUAAGAGUUAGCAACUCAAGGAGCUGAGUGUGAGGUUAAAGUCUGAGAAGUGGCUGAGUUGCUGCAGGUGACAAAUCUAAAGGUUACAGUGAUACUGAAUCAUCAAACUGUCACUCAAGUAGUCCCACUAAGGCCAAGGCCCUUGGGAGUAGCAGUGAUACAUGAAAAACAACUGAUUAAGAGGCAUUAACGGUUAGGUAGACCAGCCCUUCAUUGUCUUCAAAGAAAUAGUGGCAUCAGAGUAUGCUGCUGCUACAGAAGAGUUCCAGAGACCGUAAACUAUCAUAGAAGACAAUCAAGAGUAAGAACUUCUUAAAGAGACAAAGCUGAAUACACCACCUAUCAUUUAACACAGGGAGUAGAGCCUAGUAAAAAAAGGAUAUAUCAAAUUGGAGGCUCAGGGGGAUUAUGGUUUGACAAUUGCCCUGCAGGAGAAGCCUUCGAGCACGGACACCACUACAUUGAAGCAGAUCACCAAAAAAGACUCCUGAAACAGUACCAAAAGAAAGAAAGGAAACUUGAUGUGGAGUCUAUCCAAAUCUUUGAUACUGAAGGGGGGAGAAAAGGACUUUGCCCUCAAAAGAGGGAUGGACUGGAAGGUGCACCCCAGGCCUGAAGAGUUUCUAAGAGCAGCAUUAAGUGUGCACCUUUUCUUGGACUGCUUCAAGGGGUUUAAACUAGUAAUUACAGCACGUAUAACUAACUGCAAUCAGCUGUAAUCCUUCAUGCCUAGGAUUACUGCAUUAUUUCCCUUAGGCCAAUGGCACUAAAAAACUUUUAUAUAAUA